AUGAUAGGAGACUUUGUUCAAGCCACAAUGGACACCUUUGAUGAUUUAAUGGAGCUGCCAUCUGAGCACCAAAGCAGCAACAGUCAUGUACCUCCACCACAAGCAAAGGAAAGUGUCAUAACCAAGCAGGGAGAGCCACCAAUGAAUCGAACACGUUAUCGCAACAAUGCACCUCAACCGGAAAGAAAACAGAAGGCUAAAGACAACAACAAGAAGUCACCAUCAAAGAGGCAAGCUCCCUCACAACCUACAGCCCAACCGAUAAGCAAAAAGGUCAAAACUAAUACAAAAUCAAAAUCGACAGCAAUAAAAAGUGGAGUAGAUGUCUCAGAAACCUGCGGUAAACCUCUCAUUCCUCCUGAACAUAUGGAGAAAUACAAGACUCUUCUUGCUCGGCCGGUAAUUCCCUCUCAAUUUAUGGAUAUGGAUGUGCUGAAAAUUACUAUAAUAGAGGAGAAUGUGCUGAAUUACUUCAAGAAUAUGGGAUGGCCUAGAUUCCAAGAGAUGAUAUUUCCUACUUAUGAGAAAUUUACAAGGGCGUUUCUAGCUACAUUUGUCUUUCAUAAAGAUGGAAUCAACAACAGGUUUCAGUUUUCUUUGGGAGGCAAACAAUUUGAGUUGUCCUUGAGCCAAGUAGAUGGUAGAGCAGGGCUAUGA